UUGGGGUUGAGAGAUAAUCUGUAGGGUUGUGGUCUCCUGUAACCUGACCUGAUCAGGACAGUCAUGACAGCCUUCAACUGCUGGUGAGCUGGAGGAUUCUCACCAAGGUGUCAGAAACUAGAUUAAAACCAUGACCACUUUGAGGAAGUGAUGCUAUAGUGAUGAAUAGAGAUGCUGCUGUAUGGUGAGAAACUCAUAGUGCUGAGACACUCUGAAAGAGGAAAGAGACAGAAACAGAGCAGAGAGAGAGAGAGAGACAGAGAGAGAGAUAGACACAGAGACAGACCAGAGAGAGAGAGAGGAUAUCAUGGCUGACAUCCCUCAAUCAUUUUUGGGAUUGCUUAUGACCGUUUUGUACCUGCUAACAGGUGUCAGUGGAGAAACUCUCUCUAUGUUCUCCAGAAUGGGAGAUAAUGUCAGUCUGCCGUGUAACAAUGUGGUUUAUCCAAACUGUUCCUCUACUACAUGGCUCUAUAACAGAGAUGGAUCUACUGGUGAUAUUGAAGAGGUCACAUUGGGGAAGAUCAAAGUUGACCAGACAGAGAGAGCAGAGCGACUGAGUUUAGGGUCUAACUGUUCUCUACAUGUUAGUGAUGUCAGAGCUGAGGAUGUUGGACUCUACACCUGUCGACAGUACCUUACAGAGACUGGACCACAACAUGGAGGUGAUGCUCCUGUUCAUCUGUCUGUUCUAACUAUCUCCUCUACCACAGCAGUGACAGAUCUGAAGCCUAAUGUAAUUAUGACAUUACGGUGUUCUCUGCUCACCUAUACACAACAUGGAACGUGCCGGUCAGGAUUUAGUCUCAGCUGGGUCCCUAAAACAGGUACUAAUUCCCAGAACACACAGGAUUCUUCCUGUGACAUCACUCUGACUGUGACACUCCAGAAGAAGGACAACAACAGGAAGUGGACGUGCACGCUGACCGAAAAGGGAAACAUGAAGAUCUCCAUUGACUUCACCUCCACAUUCUCAGAUAUAGAAGAAAAGACCACUGAUAACGAUGAUGUCAUCUCUACUCUCCCAGGAAGUACAGCCUCUACUACAAGACCAGCCUUGUCAACCACCUCCCCAUCUUCUGCUGGCUCUCAGGACCUCUUCCUCACGGUGACUGUAGGAGUGGCUUUGGCAGCAGUGGUGUGUGUCACUGCUGUUGUCAUCAUAGUACGCAGGAGGAGAGACAAGAAUCAAGUGCCAACUGAUAACAGCAUUGGUCUGAAUGCAGUAAACCACUCCACCCCACCAACCAAUGAGGACCAGAGUCAACCUGCUGACACAAUCACCUAUGCCUCCAUUGACCACUUCAAUCAAUAUCCCCCUGAGAGAGUUGAUGCCCAAGGUGAAGAUGCAGUGAUGUAUGCCUCAGUUAUGCCCUAUUCUGGCAGAGCGAGAGAGACAGAGAAGCAUGCUGACCCCAGCUCCCUCUACUCCACUGUCAAGUAACCUCAGGGAGCCAAGACAUAAGGAGAGACGGAGAACCCUGCUGACCACAGCUCCCUCUACUCCACUGUCAAGUAACCUCAGGGAGACAAGACACAAGGAGAGACAGAGACCCUGCUGACCCCAGCUCCCUCUACUCCACUGUCAACUAACCUCAGGGAGACAAGACAUAUGGAGAGACAGAGAACCCUGCUGACCCCAGCUCCCUCUACUCCACUGUCAAGUAACCUCAGGGAGACAAGACAUAAGGAGAGACAGAGAACCCUGCUGACCCCAGCUCCCUCUACUCCACUGUCAAGUAACCUCAUGGAGACAAGACAUAAGGAGAGACAGAGAACCCUGCUGACCCCAGCUCCCUCUACUCCACUGUCAAGUAACCUCAUGGAGACAAGACAUAAGGAGAGACAGAGAACCCUGCUGAUCCCAGCUCCCUCUACUCCACUGUCAACUAACCUCAGGGAGACAAGACAUAAGGAGAGACAGAGAACCCCUGCUGACCCCAGCUCCCUCUACUCCACUGUCAAGUAACCUCAGGGAGACAAGACAUAAGGAGAGACAGAGAACCCUGCUGACCCCAGCUCCCUCUACUCCACUGUCAAGUAACCUCAGGGAGACAAGACACAAGGAGAGACAGAGAACCCUGCUGACCCCAGCUCCCUCUACUCCACUGUCAAGUAACCUCAGGGAGCCAAGACAUAAGGAGAGACGGAGAACCCUGCUGACCCCAGCUCCCUCUACUUCACUGUCAAGUAACCUCAGGGAGACAAGACACAAGGAGAGACAGAGAACCCUGCUGACCCCAGCUCCCUCUACUCCACUGUCAACGAACCCCAGGGAGACAAGACACAAGGAGAGACAGAGAACCCUGCUGACCCCAGCUCCCUCUACUCCACUGUCAACUAACCUCAGGGAGACAAGACAUAAGGAGAGACAGAGAACCCUGCUGACCCCAGCUCCCUCUACUCCACUGUCAAGUAACCUCAGGGAGACAAGACAUAAGGAGAGACAGAGAACCCUGCUGACCCCAGCUCCCUCUACUCCACUGUCAAGUAACCUCAUGGAGACAAGACAUAAGGAGAGACAGAGAACCCUGCUGACCCCAGCUCCCUCUACUCCACUGCCAAGUAACCUCAGGGAACCAAGACAUAAGGAGAGACAGAGAACCCUGCUGACCCCAGCUCCCUCUACUCCACUGCCAACUAACCUCAUGGAGACAAGACAUAAGGAGAGACAGAGAACCCUGCUGACCCCAGCUCCCUCUACUCCACUGUCAAGUAACCUCAGGGAACCAAGACAUAAGGAGAGACAGAGAACCCUGCUGACCCCAGCUCCCUCUACUCCACUGUCAACUAACCUCAUGGAGACAAGACAUAAGGAGAGACAGAGAACCCUGCUGACCCCAGCUCCCUCUACUCCACUGUCAACUAACCUCAGGAAGCCAAUACAUCCACAUGAAGACUACACUCUCUCAUUCACACCCUGAUUGCAGACCUGAUUUGGUUCUAGGACUAUACAUUUUUGUGCUAUUAAUUAAAAGGGACAAUCUGCACUAGUUACAUAAUUUCUGGACAUAUUAAUUAAUGAUAUGCACCCACUGACUCUAGAAAAAUAAAACGUAGAAAUGCCUCAUGAGUUUAAUUAAACUGUCAUAACCCAUCAGAACCCAAAAUAGAUGCUUGUUUUACUCCAAUGUUUGUAAUCAAAUUAAUGUAAACAAACACAAUGUAUAGCCUCAAAACAUGGUUUAAACUAUAAUAUUGAUAUCAUGGAUGGCCAGUCCUUGCAUCUAUAGCUCUGUCUAUGAGAGUGGUUCUCCAGCCCCAUCCCUCAGCUCUUCAGCAAAACAAUGGCGGAGAGUGUGAUAGCUUAAUGUUUCAACUGCUGAUUUCCUCUUUAAGAUGUGUAUAUUUGAUUGAUAUGGACCAAUGUGUUGGGAGACAGGAAAAGUGGAAGAGUCUGAGAGUCAGAAAGGCAUGCUUCAGAUUCAAAUUCAUGCUGACUCUGAUAGCCUACAGUAAUAUACUGCAUAUGCACAUAUACACUAUUACUGCCCAAUGUUACACACUACUAUCCAGUGUGUACAACUUCUACUACAAGACCAGAGUGUGGCUACUUUGCAAGAAUCUCAAAUGUAAAAUAUUGUUUUGGUUACUACAUGAUUCUUUAUGUGGUAUUUUAUAGUUUUGAUGUCUUCACUAUUAUUCUACAAUGUAGACAAUAUUCAAAAUAAGGAAAAACCCUUGAAUGAGUAGGUGUGUCCAAACUUCUGACUGGUAUUGUAUGUGAAUGAGUUUGCUAAAAUAUCAAAAAAAUAUGAGAGACCCUCUACCUGUAGACCCACCUGUAGUCCCACCUGUAGUCUAAUCAGUAGACCCACCUGUAGACCCACCUGUAGUCCCACCUGUAGUCUAAUCAGUAGACCCACCUGUAGACCCACCUGUAGUCCCACUUGUAGUCCCACCUGUAGUCUAACCAGUAGACCCACCUGUAGACCCACCUGUAGUCUCACGUGUAGUCUAACCAGUAGUCCCACCUGUAGUCCCACCUGUAGUCCCAACUAGAGUCCCACCUGUAGUCCCACCUGUAGUCCCAAAUAGAGUCCCACCUGUAGUCCCAACUAGAGUCCCACCUGUUGUCCCACCUGUAGUCCCACCUGUAGUCUAGCCAGUAGUCCCACCUGUAGUCUAACCAGUAGUCCCACCUGUAGUUCCACCUGUAGUCCACCUGUAGUCUAACCAGUAGUCCCACCUGUAGUCCCACCUGUAGUCCCACCUGUAGUCUAACCAGUAGACCCACCUGUAGUCCCACCUGUAGUCCCACCUGUAGUCCCACCUAGAGUCCCACCUGUAGUCCCACCUGUAGUCCCACCUGUAGUCCCACCUGUAGUCCCACCUGUAGUCUAACCAGUAGUCCCACCUGUAGUCCCACCUGUAGUAGUCCCACCUGUAUUCUAACCAGUAGUCCCACCAGUAGACCCACCUGUAGUCUAACCAGUAGUCCCACCUGUAGUCCCACCUGUAGACCCACCUGUAGUCUAACCAGUAGUCCCAUCUGUAGUCUAACCAGUAGUCCCACCUGUAGUACCACCUGUAGUCUAACCAGUUCUCCCACCUGUAGUCCCACCUGUAGUCCCACCUGUAGUCUAGCCAGUAGUCCCACCUGUAGUCUAACCAGUAGUCCCACCUGUAGUUCCACCUGUAGUCCACCUGUAGUCCCACCUGUAGUCCCACCUGUAUUCUAACCAGUAGUCCCACCAGUAGACCCACCUGUAGUCUAACCAGUAGUCCCACCUGUAGUCCCACCUGUAGACCCACCUGUAGUCUAACCAGUAGUCCCAUCUGUAGUCUAACCAGUAGUCCCACCUGUAGUACCACCUGUAGUCUAACCAGUUCUCCCACCUGUAGUCCCACCUGUAGUCCCACCUGUAGUCUAACCAAUUGCCCCACCUGUAGUCUAACCAGUAGUUCCACCUGUAGUCUUACUUGUAGUCUAACCAGUUACCCCAACUGUAGUCCCACCUGUAGUCCCACCUGUCGUCUAACCAAUAGUCCCACCUGUAGUCCCACCUGUAGUCUGACCUGUAGUCUAACCAGUUCUCCCACCUGUAGUCCCACCUGUAGUCUAACCAAUAGUCUCACCUGUAGUCUUACUUGUAGUCUAACCAGUUCUCCCACCUGUAGUCCCACCUGUAGUCUACCGGCAGUUCAUCCCAGAGUCACACACAGGGUUUGACUACACACUCGCCCACAAAAGGGAAACCAGCCAUGAUGACUCUGUCACUAAAACUAUUGUCCCCAUAUUAAACAGGCUCCCCUGCCGAAAAAAGCUGCUGUGAAGCUGCAAAUCCAACAUCUGUAAUUCAAAGUGGAAUUCAUUUGUACAUUUUUUUAAACUCAAGUAGUGUAUUCAUAGCUCUUGACCAAGUGUUGAAUGUUAUUCAUGUUUAUUUCUUGUUUGUUCCUCUGAAAAUGAACUUUACAUUUAUUUUUCAAGUUUUUUUUCUUGUCUUUUAUAACAGAAGUGAGAAUACUGGAAAAGAGAAGAAGACAA